AUAGCCUCAAUUAUUUAUGUACCUGCUCCAACCUUGCUCCACACACACACUCUCUAUCUCCCUAGUCCCAGAUAUGAAUUAUCUCUCUCUCAAAAGAUUCCCCUGUAGAAACCAUUAAGAAACACACCAAUCAAAUCCAAAUCCAAACACAAAUCCAAAUCAAACUCACCAAGGAAGUUGAAAUGGAUUGCUCGUCGCUGUCGCUGUUUUGGGUAAUGCUCACGACCUGUUUGUUGUUGGGCCUCACCGGGGGGGCGGCGGCGGCGGCGCGGAGCGUGAGCGUGAGCGUGGGGGCGCUCUUCACCUUCAACUCGACGAUCGGGCGCGCGGCGCGCCUCGCCAUCGAGCUCGCCGCCGAGGACGUGAAUGCGGACCCGAGCGUGCUCAACGGGACGAGAAUGGCCGUGCUCACCCAGGACACCAAUUGCAGCGGCUUCCUCGGAACCGUUGAAGCCUUGCAGCUAAUGGAGAAAGAUGUGGUUGCUGUCAUUGGCCCGCAAUCCUCCGGUAUAGGUCAUGUCAUCUCUCACGUUGUUAACGAGCUACACGUUCCUCUCUUGUCAUUUGCCGCCACCGAUCCAACUCUCUCCUCUCUUGAAUAUCCUUACUUUAUUAGAACCACACAUAGUGACUAUUUCCAAAUGAAGGCAAUCGCUGACAUGAUCGACUAUUUUCAGUGGCGAGAGAUCACUGCAAUUUUUGUCGAUGAUGAUUACGGGCGAGGAGGGAUAUCGGCUCUAGGCGAUGCACUCGCGGAAAAACGGGCGAAAAUUUCAUAUAAAGCUGCUUUCCCUCCUAAUGCAGAUGCUGAUGCCAUCAAUGACUUGCUUCUACAAGUGAACUUGAUGGAAUCUCGGAUUUAUGUUGUGCAUGUGAAUCCCGACUCGGGCUUGACAAUUUUUUCACAGGCUAAGAGACUCAGGAUGAUGGAGGCUGGUUAUGUGUGGAUGGCAACUGAUUGGCUUGCUUCAGUUCUUGAUUCUUCUGGCUUGGCUGAUCCUAAUACUAUGAGUCUUAUACAGGGAUCAAUUGUUCUUAGGCAUCAUAUACCGGAUUCUAAUCUCAAGACAAAGUUUCUGUCUAGGUGGAAUGAUAAAAUUGGUAAUUCGAGUGCCAGUUCGAGCUUGAAUUCAUACGGUUUGUACGCUUACGAUUCAGUUUGGGUUGUUGCUCGUGCUGUCGAUCAAUUGCUAAAUAAGGGACAGGAAUUCAAUUUCUCUAGUGAUCCAAGAUUGCAUGAUACAAAUGAAAGCACUUUGCACUUAGCAUCCCUCAAAAUUUUCAAUGAUGGCCAGAAUUUACUUAACCAGUUGUUGCUCACAAACUUUACGGGCAUAACUGGUCAAGUUCAAUUCGACUCGGACAGGAAUUUAAUACACCCGGCUUACGAUAUCUUAAAUAUUGGUGGAACAGGUUCGCAGGUUAUAGGCUAUUGGUCUAAUUACUCUGGUCUCUCAGUUGUUCCUCCUGAAAUUUUGUCUGAGAAGCCACCAAAUACUACAAGUAGCCAACAACUCUACAGUGUCAUCUGGCCCGGUGAAACUCCGACGAAGCCUCGUGGUUGGGUUUUUCCGAAUAAUGGCAAGGCUUUGAGGAUUGGAGUUCCGAAUAAAGUAAGCUUUAAUGAAUUUGUGUCGAAAAGUUCUGGUCCUGAUAAUGUGACUGGAUAUUGCAUCGAUGUAUUUAAUGCUGCGAUUAAGUUGUUACCAUACCCGGUUCCUUGCUCAUUCAUAUUGAUUGGAAAUGGUAAGGAGAAUCCGAACAAUGAUGAUAUCAUAAGCAUGGUCGCUCAAAACGAGCUAGAUGCAGCAGUAGGUGACAUUGCCAUCGCGAGAAACAGAACAAAGAUUGUAGAUUUCACACAGCCUUAUACUGAGUCGGGCCUUGUAAUAGUGGCACCUGUGAAGCAAAGUAGCUCCAGUGCAUGGGCUUUUCUGAAGCCCUUCACUAUACAGAUGUGGUGUGUAACAGGAGCUUUCUUUAUUGGUGUUGGGGUGGUUGUUUGGAUUCUGGAGCACCGCAAAAACCCGGAGUUUCGAGGAUCACCGAGACAGCAACUUGUGACACUAUGCUGGUUCAGUUUCUCAACAAUGUUUUCUGCACAAAGAGAGAACACAGUGAGCACCCUUGGACGGUUUGUGCUAAUCGUAUGGUUAUUUGUAGUACUAAUAAUCAAUUCAAGCUACACCGCCAGCCUCACCUCCAUCCUUACGGUUCAACAACUUUCUUCGGGAAUUAAAGGACUUGAUAGCUUGAUAUCGAGCUCAGAGCCAAUUGGUUAUCAGGUCGGGAAAUUUACGCGGAAUUAUAUGAUAGAAGAGCUGAACAUAGCUGAGUCCAGGCUCAUACCUUUAAAUACAAUAGACGAAUACGCAAGAGCUCUUGAGCUCGGGCCCAAAAAUGGAGGUGUCGCAGCAAUAGUAGAUGAAUCUCCUUAUGUUGACAUCUUUUUGUCAGUAUACUGCAACUUCGGGAUUGUGGGGCAGGAGUUUACCAGGGAGGGAUGGGGAUUUGCCUUCCAAAAGGACUCUCCUCUAGCAGUGGACCUCUCAACCAUGAUUCUCACACUAUCAGAAAAUGGCGAGCUCCAAAGGAUCCACGACAAAUGGCUUGUACGUAAAGGAUGCAACAGCGACAACACCGACAUAGAAUCGAACCGGCUUAGCCUUAAGAGCUUCUGGGGUCUCUUUCUCAUAUGCGGUCUUAUAUGUGUCCUUUCUCUUAUCAUAUUCUUCAUAAGAAUCUGUUGGCAAUAUAGCCAAUACAGCAGUACUGCAGAGCCUGGAAACUCCGCUGGAACUCCAAAUGGCGAAACACUACCGAGGAGGAUGAGUAAUUUAAAAAGCUUUAAGGAUUUGAUUCAGUUCGUCGAUAAGAAGGAGGAGGAGGUCAAGAAAGCUAUUAAGAGCAGAUUGAGUGAUAAAGAAUCUCAGAGUUCACGAGUGUCCAUUGGAUAGCUGAUUUGAUGUGCGUCAGGAGGCUAUUUUGGAUUGGAAGAUACGAAAUUUCUUUUCCUUUUUCUAAAAUAAUUUUCACUCUUAUAUCGCUUCAGAAAAUGACAUGUAGCAGUUCGUAUCUUUGAAAUAGCAACGCAACUUCCCCAAGAUUUAUAGUAAUAUCAUCUGAAAUUCUGUAUAUUCUGCAGUUUUUCUGUUCCUUUGUGCUGCAAUGUAUGUUCAAAUGAAAUGCGUGUUGAGUUGUAUACUUUGAAUAAGGGUGAAAUGAAAGAGGCAUCUCUCUUUCUCUC